UUGGCUAUAAAAAAAAAUCCUCUCCCUAGUUGAUUUUGAUAACAUAUUCCAGUGGACCGAUGGGAGCGCGGAGUUUCCAGCUCCUCACUUGCAACGACUGCAGCGGACUAAAGGCUGAAUAACUGCAUUAUUCAUUUUUACGCACCGGUUUCUGUUGUCCUGACUCUUGUUUCUCUCUGCUUUUCUUUUGCGUCCGGGAGAGGAGCUUCGAUAUAGCCCUUCUUGUUUUGUUUAACAUCCGUCCUUUUAAAGAAAAAAAAAUCCAGUUGGAUGAAGACAGAAAUGUCUUUUGCCGCUGCGUGCGAAUAAACUGAAGAGAAAAUAACUGUUUGCACGCGCUCAGAGCAAAGAACUGGAUUUAUGCUGCCUCCAUGGAAAAUAACGCACUGAUACACACAACCUGAUGGGAGCGUUUUGGCUGCUUUCGCCCUCUGAAGCAUUAUCCCUGUGCGCAACUUCGCUCGAAACAAACCAGUAUUUAUUCAUUGGAUCGUUGGGGGUUGCUGAGCCGAGCUGAAGCCAGACGCACAGUGUUGGCCACCCUCUCUCUCUCUCUUGCUCUCUCUCUCUCUCUCUUUCCCAUUUUCUCCUCCGCUCAUCCUCCGUUUUCCAGAAAAAAAAAAACUCCAAGAAUGACGGACUUAUUUCACCGUAUCACCGACCGCCUUGCGCCUUUUUUCACGCCUUGGAGUCGCCGGACGCGCUGUCAAGAUCUCUAAAAGCUGUCUGCCUCUCCCUUUCUCUCUCUCCCUAUCUUUCUCUCCUCUGCUUCCUCGCCGUCUCUCUCUAUCUCUCCUGCAACCAAAUGAAUGCUCUCCCAUGGAGGUAGUACAACCACCUUGGGGACCAAACGACCAGAGGGGUGAUUUUUCCAAGCAAGAGGAGCCCGUCAGCAAGAGACGCAUCGGGUGAAAUCGGAGCUCCCCCCUCCUCCUCCUCCUCCCCUCCUCCUCCUCCUCCUCCUUUCUCUCCAUCUCCACCCGCACCCCCGCCAGUUUACUUGGCUCAGGUUUGAUAUACAGUAGCCUACAUGGGGAUAUAGGGGGCUGGAGAAACCUUGUUGCGCCCCGAGAACUGUCUGCAUUCUACUUCAGCUGGGAGGACUGUUUGCGCACAUCCAUGUCUCACCAAUGCUGCCCCGUGUCUCCAGAGGGAGCCGCAUUCACUACCACCCCAGCUUUGGGUUACUAAAUGGUUUUCUGGGGGAGGAUUUCUAACCGGCAAGAUGCUGCUCGUACUCCUGCUGGCAGCCUUUUCUUCCUCCAUCUCCGGCUCCCUCUCCUCCUCCCUCUCCUCCCCCUCUAUGUUGGACGGACCUCAGAUGGCAGACCCGUCCGCCUCGGACUUGAUGGCUGAGACCUGCAGCGCUUGCUCCUGCAUGUCGGUGGAAAACGUGCUAUACGCCAACUGCGAGAAGAUCACUGUCUAUCGACCCACACAGCUCAUCCCGCCGCCCUCGUCCCUCUACCACCUGAAUUUCCAGAACAACUUCUUAAUCAUACUCUACCCAAACUCGUUCCUGAACUUCACCCACGCUGUGUCACUGCAGCUGGGGAACAAUAAACUGCAGAACAUCGAAGGUGGAGCAUUCAUGGGGAUGAGCGCGUUGAAACAGCUGCACCUGAACAAUAACGAGUUAAAGGUGCUGCGAGCAGACACUUUUCUAGGGAUAGAGAACUUGGAAUACCUACAGGCUGACUACAAUUUGAUAAAAUACAUUGAAAAGGGAGCAUUUAACAAACUGCACAAGCUAAAAGUGCUCAUCCUGAAUGAUAAUCUCAUACAGGCACUUCCUGACAACAUAUUUCGCUUUGCCUCGCUCACACACCUGGAUAUAAGGGGGAACAGGAUCCAGAAGCUUCCUUAUUUGGGGGUUCUGGAGCAUAUUGGGCGCAUUGUAGAACUGCAGCUGGACGACAACCCCUGGAACUGUACCUGUGAUCUAGCACCUCUUAAGGCAUGGCUUGAAAAUAUGCCCUAUAACAUUUUUAUCGGCGAGGCCAUAUGUGAAACCCCAAGUGACUUGUACGGGAGGCUCCUGAAAGAAACCAACAAACAGGAGCUUUGUCCCAUGGGAACAGGAAGUGACUUUGAUGUUAGGAUGCCGCCCGCACCACCUGAUAAUGGGCAGUCCCCCUCCAAAAUGUCCCCAACCACUGUGGCUCCCAUUGCCACAAAAUCGCCAAAAACCACAGAUUCAUCCAAGAUUUACGGUAAUGGUAUUGUAGCUGGUUUACCCCCUUUUGGAAGAAAUAGCCAGAUUGUUUCCUUUCAGACACGGACCCCUCCAUUUAUGUGUCCACAGCCAUGCAGCUGUAAAGCCCACCCUUCUGACUUUGGCAUCAGUGUCAGCUGUCAGGAAAGGAAUAUUAAGAACUUAGCUGAUCUCAUUCCAAAACCACCAAAUGCCAAGAAACUUCACCUGAGUGGAAAUUACAUCCGUGACAUAAGCCCGUCUGAUUUCCAAGGCUUUGAGGGCUUAGAUUUGCUACAUCUUGGCAGCAAUCAGAUAGUCACAGUCCAGAAAGGUGUGUUUGCUAACCUCACUAAUCUGAGGAGACUGUAUUUGAAUGGAAACCAGCUUGAACAGUUACACCCAGAGAUGUUUUUGGGUCUGGCAAACCUACAGUACCUAUAUUUGGAAUACAAUGCCAUAAAAGAAAUCUUAGCGGGUACCUUUGACUCCAUGCCGAACCUACAACUCCUGUAUCUCAACAACAAUGUUCUGCGGAGUCUCCCCGCAUAUGUGUUUGAGGGUGUCUCUUUAGCCAGGCUGAAUCUGAAAAACAACCACUUCAUGACCCUACCAGUGAGUGGUGUCUUGGACAAGCUGCAAUCAUUGACCCAGAUAGACCUGGAAGGGAACCCGUGGGAGUGUUCCUGCGAUCUUGUUGCCCUCAAACUCUGGCUAGAGAAGCUAAGUGAUGGAGUGGCUGCCAAAGAGGUGAAAUGUGCCUCCCCUGUGCAGUUCUCCAACAUUGAGCUGCGUCUCUUGAAAAAUGAGAUCCUGUGUCCUAAGCUUGUUGCAAGACCACCGUUUAUUCUCACUAGCCCCACCCCUGUUUUGACCUCAGUCUCGCCUGCUGGAGUUGGCAAGGCACCACCGGGAGGGCCUGUGCCUCUCUCCAUUAUGAUCCUCAGCAUCCUCGUAGUGCUUAUCCUUACUGUGUUUGUGGCCUUCUGCCUUCUAGUCUUUGUCCUGAGGCGGAAUAAAAAACCAGUGGGCAGGCAGGAGGGGCUCGGGGAUCAGGAGUGCGGCUCCAUGUCAUUGCAGCUCCGCAGACACAGCCACAAAUCCGGCAAAAAAGGCUCCAUCCCAGGAGACGACUUGGGAGGCGAGACAUUCAUCCCCCAGACCAUUGAGCACAUCGGCAAGAGCCACACCUGCGGGAUCGGACGCUCCUCAGACAUGGACGCCGGGUUCAAGUUUGCAGACUCCCAGAGGCAGAAGAUCAUCCUCCGGAACAGCGCUGACAAGGAUAAAGACUCGCUUUCCACCUUGGAGCGCAACAAACGCCUCAGCACCAUCGACGAACUCGAGGAGUUCCUCCCACACCGAGAGCCUAGCAUGUUCAUCCAGAACUUCCUGGACAGCAAAAGAGAUUUCAACAGUAUAGGGAUGGGCGGGUACGAAAUCCGCUACCCAGAGAAAACGCUGGAUAAAAAGAUGAAGAAGUCGUCGCUGAUAGGCGGGAACCACAGUAAGAUCGUGGUGGAGCAGAGAAAAAGUGAGUAUUACGAGCUGAAAGCCAAGCUCCAAGGAACGCCUGAUUACCUGCAGGUGCUUGAGGAGCAGACUGCACUGAGUAAAAUGUAGGGAUUGUUGUGUUUGAUUUAGUGCAUUGAUUACACCCACAUACAGGAGGAAGUCAGACACAUACAUAUAGGCAGACAGACAGCCAAAUACAUCUGCCUUUCUCUGGUUCUUUCUCCCUCUCUGGCCACACACACACACACACACACACACACACACACACACACACACCAUUCAACCCCCCUCCCAGCUCUCUAUCCUCAUUUCCCUCUCUGCAGCCACACAUGCACACACACUCCCACACACAGCGAAAAAGUGCCUUCUGGAAAUCCUUAAUGACCAAUGCAGAGAUGGACAAAAUGGCUCCACACUACAAAAGCUAUUACUAGAAUCAGCGUGGAUCUAUUUCACAGUUUAAGACCUUUUUGGAUUAUCCAUGCCACUACAUGUAUGAAUCCCACAUACAUACCACAGGACACCCUAAAAAGCAACCAGACAGUCAUAGUAUUUUUUUGCUGCUAAUGAAAUGGGUACUUAUCUUCUUAUUUUUGUUGUUCUUGUUGUUCUUUUUUUCUCCUCCUUUUGUUUUUCCAACCAAAUCAAAGGGUCUUGAAAACAGUGCUUGAGAAUAUACCUUGCCGUCUUCAACCCCUCAUUUUAAAAAAAAAAAAAUACGAGAAAAAUAAAAAAAGGAGGGCUGGUUGUUGUUCUUUUGCUCUGGAAAGUAUCCAAAAUCUUCUGGGAUGAGAUUAAGAGUUGGUGACUCAAUGGAUGCUACUUUGCUAUUUUUUUUUAAAUUUUAUUUGCGGGGAUGUUCUGUUUGUUCUUGGGGAUGCCCUCUGGAGUCGGCUGCAGACUCUCCGCCACCUUGUCUGGAUUACACACCAGUAGCGGUACACCUGCUCUUUGCCGGGAGGCUGAGCGGCUCCUGUUUAAGGCAUUGCGAAAAACUCUUUUUU